AGAAAAUGGCACUAUUAGAAACAUUUCUAGAAAUAAUUGUAUGAAUGAAAGGGUAUAUCUUGAGAUUGAGAUGAGCUCUGAACAAAUGAAAGAUGCUGAAGAAAAAGGUCUUGAAAAAGUUUUUCAAUUAACAUAUCCAUUGGCAACAUCAAACAUGAUUAAAGAAGAAAUAGAUAAAUAUGAAAACAAAAGAAAGAAUUUAAUUGAUGAAUUAAAGAUCAUUGAAAGCAUGGAAGCUCAAGAUAUUUGGAUCAAGGAUCUUGAUGCUUUGGAAAAAGCAUGGGACGAAUUCCUAAAUGCUGACAAAGAAAAUAUAAUGUCUGCCAAGACUACCAAGGGAAAAAUUAAAGAAUAG